GGUCUUUUCUGCACCAUGAGCGCCUGCAGCUCUACCUCUGCCUUUGACUUUGUUUUUCCAGAGAAGCUCAGUGACAGCGCUGGGAGUUUGUGGAGUCUCAUCACCCAGAGUCACCUCAGAUUAAUAGACCUGCAGAGAGAGACAGAGCGGGAGAUUUCACACGUCAGUCAACAAUUGACGUCAGUGCGACUGCAGAGAAAGGUCCUGAAUUGUGAGACAGCAGGUUCAGAGACUCUACAAGCUGAUUCUGAACAUUUGCAGAGAAACAUAACAUCCGAGAUCAACUCUAAGUGUUUUGUGGGUAAGGCAGCCCACGCAGAGCAGCUUCAGUUUCGUGAGCAGGCCCUCAACGCCCUGCUGAGCAUGCUCGGGGAAAACAUCCAGAGAUACAGAGAGGAAAGCACUAAACUUGACCACCUGACCGAAAAACUGAGUAACGGAAUGCCAGGGAAGAGUCAGACGGAAACUAAAAUGGAAACAGACAACAAAGACAUGUUGCGUAGCCCAAAAAACACUGACAUACUUUCAAACGGACACGUCGACGUAACAAGCAAUCACGUGGAGGACGAGAAGAAGAACUGGAGAGCCAGCGUGAAGGCAUCAUUGAUGAAAGCGACAAAUCUCACACGAUCAGGAAGCGUGAAAACCCUCAUCCACAAGUUCUCUGUAUCUGAGAGCAGUGAGCAGAUUACACCUAACGUUUCUCCAUCACCACAACAAGGAAAAGAUGGAACAGGAAAUGCAUCAGAGAGCAAAAUUCCCACUGUAACAGUAACGUCGCCAUCUGGAGAGUCAAAGAACGGUCCCAAUACACACUCACAUUCUGGCCGGUUGAAUCAAGAGAACGGACCAACAAGCCCAGAGUCUGAGGAGGAGCCACUUACCCCUAAAGCCAUCAACAGCCCAAAGUACCAGAUGUUCCUAGGAUCGGGUCCGAUCAGAAACGGUGCAAGCGGACCAGGCGGACCCACUGACACUAGUGCCAAUGGAAAUCUUCCCAAAUCUAAUUUGUCCCAGUGGAAAUCAAUGGAGUCAUUGUCUAUGAAAGAUUGGGACAGCGGUCCCAACAAGACUGGCGGUGCUGACGCUCCUCCCAGAGUUUUUAACAGCCCCUACUCAACCAUUUCGCUGGACUACAACCCUGUAGGCCGAAUGUCCGAAUUCAAGAUGCCGGAGAAUAGGUCUCCUACAGCAUCUGAGAAGAACUUAUUCACGUUGAACCGAAGCUCAAGUCCUGUGAACUUCAUGAACGCUCCCCAAGGACGAUUCUCAGCCUAUGCCACUCUCAGCCGGAGACAGAUGCAGCAAGCCCCGCCAUCACAAUUCUUGCUGAGGAACAAUGUGCCCAGCAAGCGGGAUUACAUUGAAGAGCUGACCAGACAGCUGGAGGAAUGUCAGAGAAGAAACCAGUUUCUGGAGGCAGAAAGCAUCGAGCUGGAGAAGGAGAGGACUCAAAUUCGUUUUGAGAUGCGCAAUUUGCUGGUGAAUAACGAGGACCUGCUACGCAUGAACACACAGCUCCAGACAGAAAUGAAGAGGAUGAGAGAUAGAAUUGUUGAACUUGAGAGCGACAACAAUGUGAUGGUGGAGCGCUUCAAGCAGAUCGAUGUGGAACUGAAAGAGGCUCGAGAGGUUAUGGUGGAAGCAAACACUCAGGAAUACGCCUUUAACUUCCUGCAACAGUCACUCAAAAACAGAAUCCAAGAUUCAGAGGAGGCUCUGGAGAAGCAGACCCAACAUGUACAGGAGCUAACUGAAAAACUGUGGUUGGCUGAAAGGAAUCUGGAGGAGAUGGAGAUUGAAAGAGAAACUAAGGGAAAGAAAUCAGUGGAGCUCAAGAGCACUAUUGAUAGACUGGAGACUGAGCUGGCAGAGGCUCUGCAGAUGGGAUCUCAGUCGACUGCUGAGUUAAGUCUACAGCAGAAACUCAGAGUAGACGCACAACUGAGAGUUGACGAGCUGGAGGAGUGUGUGUUGGAGAAGGAUCAGGAGCUUAUGCGCUUGCAGCAGAUCGUCAGCCGCCUACAGGGAGAGGUUUCAGAUAAACUGAUGGAUAAGGAGCGGUCUCUAGAAGACGAGAUCCAACUGAGGGAGAAAAUUCAACUUCAGUGUAAACAAGCUGAGAGAACAGUAGAAGAUUUACAGAUGGAGCUGAACACCAUCACACAGACCAGAGACGACCUGAGCAAACAGCUCAAACUUACACAGGAAAAAGUGAUUGAUCUGGAAACCGAUGUGGAGGAGUGGCAGGAGAAUGAGCAAAGGCUUAUCUCCAAACACAAGAGAGCAGUGGAACAGUUUGAACAGAUGCAGGUGAAACUCAUGCAUGAGAAGGACCUCAAUGAUAAGUUGGAGUGUGAGAAAGUGAUCCUGGAGAGACAGGUUCGAGAGCUGCGUGGUGAAAUCGAGGAGCUGCAGAAUAACAGAGUUCAGGAACAUGUGAUCACUAAAGCAGAGACCAGAGCUAAAGAACUGGAGAACAUGCUGAGAAUGGAGGAGAGGAGUAAAGUGGUGCUGAACAACACGAUCAGUAAGUUGGAGAGGAAAAUUAAUGAACUGAGUGAGCAGGUGGAGGAGGAGCACAAGGUCGCCAACGAGCAGAAAGACCUGAUGACUCAGAGAAUGAGAUCUCUGAAGAGGCAGCUGAAUGAGGCAGAAGAGGAGGCGAGUCGCCGUGAGGCUCAGCUCAGAUACAUCCAGCGCGAGUUAGGAGAGGAGAGAGAGUCCAGUGCUCGAUUACAGAAACAGCUGCUUGACCUGCAGCUACAGAUGAAGAGAAAGGAGUCAGUAAUGAUGAGGCAAACUCUGGAUAACUUAAAGCUGGACUUGUCUGAUGAUGAUGAGGAGGAAGAAAAACGAGAAGAAAAGAAGCCUGCAGAGGACAAUUCAGGCCAGAAAUGAGAGACACACAACUAAACUGAACAGAGAGAGAUGUGAAUGUACAAGCUGCAAAAACAUUUACCUUUUUUUUUUUUUUUAAAAAAAAAAGGCACUUUUAAUACUUAUGUCACUAACUUUAAUACCUGGGAUCUAACCAAUCUUUAUACCUGGGAAAGGAAGCUUCUGUUUGUUGGUGGGUUAUUUUUUUAUAAUCAACAGUGUUUUAAGUCUAGACAAUAAGCUUAACUCUGUCUGCUAAAUGUUUUGCAGGGGUUAAGAGGUGAACAUGUUCUCGCUGCCAAACAUAUCACACAAAGUGAUCUUCGUCCUAGAGCAAGGUGCAUCCAAGUGCACUGUUUAUUUUUUAACUGUAUAGAGGAAAGUCUUACUUUAUUAUUUAAUUUAAUUGUUUUUUCCCUUCCUUUUUGCCCUGUUCUCAAGGUGUACAUGCUCUAAGAAUAUUGUAAAUACUUUUAUGAACUUUAACUAUUUAGUUUUUCUUUUUAGAGUUAAUUGUUUAAGGCUAGGAUGUUGGAAAAAAGUAAUUAGUUUAAAUCUAUUUUAUAAAAGACCUUUAUAAACUUUUUGUGCUGUAAUUUAAUGCUAACCAUUUCAAUUGGAAAUAUUCUCCAGAUUUUAAUUGUUAAAUCAAGGUUAGCAUGGGGCAAAAAAAAAAAAAAAGAAAAAAAAAAGCUAAUAUUUAUAUGAAAGCUAAUAUUCCUAACAGUCAUUAUAAGCUUAGCAUUGUGCUACUAUGCAAAUGAGAGUUUGCUGGUUUAUCCCGAAUGACUUUUAUUUAAUAUCCAGCAUUAGCAUUUCUGAUUUUCUGUUUCGAAAACCAUUGUUCCUUUACAUGGAUUAGUUUAAGCAAAAAAUGCUAAUGUUCUUAAUAAUGAACCAUGAAUUGAAA